ACCUGAGCCGCGUUUUACUGCGAGGGGUCCUGUCUCCAGUGGGACCUUCGGGACCCAGACUCUACUGGUCCGCUUCAGCCGGCUCAAUCGGGGCGCAUGCGCAGAGGGCGUGCGUGUGGAGCAGCGGCGCUGCAGACAGCGGACGGGGUUUGAUGCGGCAAACAGUUGUCGUUAAAAAGCAAACACCGACGCUGUGGAUGUGACCGAGGCGACACCUACCACCAGGUUUUAACGGUAAACUUCGCUCAGGAGACCGUGUGAUGCCUGAAGGAUCUCACAGCUCCUCAUAUGACGUCUCCAUGGGUGAAGAGUCCCCCCGCCUGUCCGCCGCCUCCAUCGGCAGUAAUGAGCGCGCUCCGUCGGCCGCGCCCUCCGACUCCUCCGACCUGCCGUCAGACCACCGCCCGGCGAGCCUAGUUUCCACGCUGUCCUCGGGAUCUGGAUCCUCCAGAGACGACAGCCUCGCCCCCCUGCCGCUGUCCUCCCAAACAUCCGACCCCGAUAUCGACCUGGACCUGAGCCCCGCCGAGGGCGGCGGGGGCGGUGCCGACAGCGAGGGGUCGAGGCCAAGCCCGCAGUCUGACGGGAAGGGGCGGAGCCUCGGCCUCACCGGCGCCAACGGCAAAGAGUCGCCGGCGAGUCGGGCGUCCAGCCGCCGGCAGCGGACGUCUCCGCUCAUAACCGGCAGCAUGGCGCCGAACCCUCAGCUGACCUACCUGGACCGGGUCGUCAUGGAGAUCAUCGAGACCGAGAGGAUGUACGUCAGAGACCUGCGCAUGAUCGUAGAGGACUACCUGGCUCACAUCAUCGAUCGGUCUGACCUGUCGAUGCGUCCGGAGCAGGUGUGCGCUCUGUUCGGAAACAUCGAGGACAUCUACGAGUUCAACAGCGAGCUGCUUCAGGCUCUCGACCUGUGUGACAACGACCCCGUCGCCGUCGCCCGGUGCUUCGUCAUGAAGAGCGAGUACUUUGACAUCUACACACAAUACUGCACCAACUACCCAAAUUCAGUCGCAGCUCUAACGGAGUGCAUGAGGAAUAAAUCCCUGGCCAAGUUUUUUCGGGAGCGUCAGGCGUUGUUGAAGCGAUCGCUGCCUCUGGGUUCAUACCUGCUCAAGCCUGUUCAGAGGAUCCUCAAAUACCAUCUGCUGCUCCAGGAGAUAGUGAAGCACUUUGACCCGGAGGAGGAGGGUUAUGAGGUGGUGGAGGAGGCCAUCUACACCAUGACAGGAGUGGCCUGGUACAUCAACGACAUGAAGAGGAAACAUGAACACGCCGUCAGACUGCAGGAGGUUCAGUCUUUGCUGCUGAACUGGAAAGGUCCUGACCUCACCACGUAUGGAGAACUGGUUCUGGAGGGAACCUUCAAGGUUCAUCGGGCCAAAAACGAGAGAACGCUCUUCCUGUUCGACCGCAUGCUGCUCUUCACCAAACGCCGCGGAGAACACUACGUCUACAAGUCACACAUCUCUUGCUCCACUCUGAUGCUGAUCGAAAGCGCCAGAGACUCUCUGAGCUUCAGCGUCACUCAGUACAAACAACCCAAACAGCCUCAGACCGUCCAGGCGAAGACGGUGGAGGAGAAGAAGCUGUGGGCUCAUCACAUCAAACGCCUCAUUCUGGAAAACCACCACGCCAUCAUCCCACAGAAGGCGAGAGAGGCCAUCUUAGAAAUGGAUCCAUUAUAUGCUCCCAGGUAUCGUUACAGUCCUGAGCGUCUGAAGAAAGGUCUGUCCUCCCAGGCUGAGGAGUUUCACCGGGACGGUCGGCAGGGACGACGGCAGUCUGAGCCGACCAGACAAAUCCUGAAGAGCAGCAAAGCCAUCUUAAAGCACUCAGACAGUGAGGGGGUGUUACCCGGGGAGAGAUGCUCCCUGCAGCCCGCCGUCAGCCGCAGCACGCUGGGAUCCAGUCUGGGCGAGUUCGAGGCCGACCGGCCCGCGGAGGAGGGGGGGGAGGGGCUCGGCAGCAGGAAGGACUCACUGGAGCGGCUGAUCUGCAGCGAGGAAGAGGAGGAGGAGGAGGAGGCGGGCAGAUUGUCUCCACAGCGCUCUCAUCAGACGGAGGACAGCGAGCCGGACGAGAUCCUGCUGGAGGACGACCAGGUAGACGACUUCGCCAGCUCCGUGCUGGCUGCCAUCUCCUGCUGGCACUACAGGGUCCAGGCCUUUCUGUACACCACGGUGACGGAUGCAGAGGGAGGCAGUGUUUCCUCAUCUGGCUCUAACAAAGAAAAUGGACGACUUCCUGAAGAGCCAGCGGGAACUAAACAAAAAUCUGAACAGCCCUCCACAGACAAGAUGCCGCAGGAGAAGGCACCAGAGUCUGAAUCGAAAGAAACCGCCGAACCAAAACCCUCCUCUGAUCUGGACCCUCCCGUGAUCUCAGUGUCUGCUCAAAAGUCAGAAGAACUGAAACAAGAAGGACACCCAGAGACCACAGAGGAAGCGGCGUCUGCCACGCCUGAUUCAGAUUUAAAAACCUUGAGCAGUGGGGAGUCAUCUGAGGAUGAGGAGGAUGACAAGGAGGCAGCAGACAAGGAGGAUGAAGCCAGCAGCAUCCUUCCCUCUUCUGUCCUGGACAAGGCCAGCGCCAUUGCCCAGCACUUCAACAACAGCGUCAAACGAGGCGGUCCGGCCCAGGAUGACGCCCGUUCCCUUGGCUGUGCUUCACCGCGAUUACCCAGCAGAACCGGCAGCAGCCUCAGCCUCAGCGCCGAACCCGCAGACCGACCGUUAUGGCUCAACAGCAUCUGUUCUGAUCCUGCAGAAACCUUUGGCACGACAGAUUUGACCCUGCUAUCUCCUCGGGAUGACAGCCUCUUUGACACCGACAGAGGUAUUCGGCGGAGACGGGACUCCACCCUGUCCAAGCAGGACCAGCUGCUCAUCGGCAAAAUCAAGACUUACUACGAGGACGCUGAGAGCCGGGACGCCACCUUCAGCCUCCAGCGCAGAGAGAGCCUGACGUACAUCCCGACCGGGUUGGUCAGGAGCUCCGUCAGCAGGUUCAACAGCAUCCCAAAGGAUAAAACUGUCCAGAUAAAUCCCUCCACUUCGAUGGCAUCCGCCAGUCUUGACCCUUCCUCAGUGGAGACACACUCAGCUUUACCCACAGAUACCCGUGAUCGUGUGGUCUCCAGUGACUCUUUGUACUCUCUGAAGUCCGAUCAGAGAGGCACAGAUCCAGAAGAUUCAGGAGAAAGCCUCAGGUCCAGAUCUCAGAGCCUGCAGGAUAAUCUGGAUGAAGAGUUCAGACCUUCAUCUGAAAUGAUCAAGAUCUGGCAGGAGAUGGAGCGCGAGAUCAGUAGAUCCCAAAGUGAAGACAGAGGGUGUGAACAAUCCAGAGAAGCUCCAAGAAACUCCAGAGUGACCAGUGUCGGCCUUUCGGGCUUGACAAAGACCCCGGACAAGAGCUGUGACCGAGACAGUGAAGCAUCUGACCUCAGCACCAUCACAGAGGAAUCCACGAGUCCUUCACCCCUCAAGCCCAAAGGCUCCAGGGUGAAUCGGACAGAAAGUCUGAAGGACACCCCAAAGAUGUUUGGAGAAGAGGCCGCCAUCCUCAGGGCUCCGUUUCCUCGGGUCACCCAGCUGAAGGCGGAGGCAGAGGGGGAAAAGCCCAGCAAGGAUUCAAACCAGCUGGACGAUGUAGACAAAACCAAGAACAAAGUCCUCCAUCUGGCUCGUCAGUACAGCCAGAGAAUCAAAACGACCAAACCAGUGGUCCGACAGCGAAGUCAGGGUGUCCUGAUCAGUAAGAAGAGCUUACCCUGUGUGGUGGAGGAGAAGGAGACUUCAGGUAAACCCAACGUGAAUCUGAUGCUGGUUUCUCAUAAUAAGGCAUCCUCUCUACCGCUGAGCCCCAUAGACCAGAUCCAAACGCUCACCCCCAUCCUCGCCUGCAGCUCGGUGGACAGCUCAGGGGUGGUCUCCCCUAGUCGGGCUCACUCCCGCAGUCCCCUCAGUCCUCCUCCCAUCGAGGGCUUCAACUGGCCCGACGUCCGAGAACUCUGCUCCAAAUACUCGGACCACGGCCGCUCCAAGAAGAGCCCUGUCAGUCGGAGUCGCUCAAUCCCGGAGCAGAUGUUUGAUGGAGGUCAGAGGAGGCACUCCAGCUGCUCCUCCAGCCACCUCCUCGCUGAUGGAGCUUCUGGCGAGGAUCCUUCGUACAAGCCUGAUAGCAGCCGGAACACCAGCCGAGAGGAACGUGGCAAACGGCUUCACCGAGCCAAUUCUCUGGACCCUCGGCUGAGUGGAGCACAAAUGACUGAGCUGCAGGUGCUCCAGGACCAGGUUGCUAACAGCAACUACGAUGGUUGCUUUGUCGCAGCUGAGGCAUCGCUACCCAGUGACCCUGAACACAAGGUAAUUGUCAUAGAAAAACUUCCAGAGCCUGACUCAGAGCCUGCCGAAACCGCAGAAGAAUCCAAAGAAGAAGACGACAACUACGUUCAGAUCCGUUCGCCAACCAGCAGGGAGAAGAUCUCCAUCAUGGCCGUCAUUGACCGCUGCCGGGCUUAUCAGGACUCCGACGAAUACAAACAGAGGGAGGAAGCGAAAGCUAAAAUGGAGCUGGCGAGGCCUCAAGAGCUCAACAAGACGGCAGCGGCCUCUACCAAUCGCGACGAUGAGUCCCAGAAAACGAGCUCAAACUCCGGACAGAAGACAGAGGCCGGUCAACAGAGCAUUGUAAAAAAUCUGAGAGAAAAGUUCCAGAGCCUGAGCUGAAGAAACAGAAUGAUAAAAGUUUUUAAUUAAACCGUUAGACGUUGUAUCAAAACUCUGAAUUAAUGAACCCAAAGAUUUAUACAUAAAGUGCAAAAACUGGGUUGUUAAAUUGAUCAUGAGUUAAAAAGUUCAUGUUUAACUCUUAAAGUAGUGAACAGAUGAUCAGCCUAUCAGCAGUUUCCCAGCAAAACAAUAUGAAUUUCAAAACAGACAACUAUUAACAGCAGGUUACAACAAUUUGAGUUUUUUUUUUUUUUUUCAGUUUUCAAUUAUGAAAGAUUUGUGAUUAUUCUUAGUUAUUAUGAAUUGGCAAACGUAUGAGGAAAACCUGUCACCUUGAGGUGUCAAGAUCAUUAUAUAAUAAAACCACCAAAUUUGUCAUUGUUAUA